ACAUAUAUACUGUAUGGUUAGUGAUAGUACGAAAUUAACAAAAUGCACAUCUUCAAAUGGUGAAAGAGCGAGAGAGCAACAAUACUGGAGUGCCAGACAAUUUUUACGACCCUGCUACUGCAAUCUGUUUAUUUUGUUGAUGUAUAAUUCAAUAAAGUGACCAACAACAACGAAGAAUUGUUUUCAGAGGACAAGUAAGCUCAGUCAUUGCACGAAUCACAAUGUCGGAUUCCGGUAACCAAUCCUACUGCUCUCAAGUGGGUAACCGCACGUCUUUCUUCACGAGCGCCUACAAUGGGAUACCAGAGACCCUGAUACUGAAUACAAUUUUCUGGAUUCUGCUCAUUCUGCUGUUCACAACGCUGCGGCAUCAGGCGAGCGACUUUGGCAGCUUGGCGCUGGUGAACAGCAAUGGCAGCAAGAAACGCUGGACCGAGAUAUUCUAUUCGCGAGCGACCAGCAUGGUUGAGCCCCAGCCAGGCACAUCCACGCAGGCGACCCCGCGACCAAGUGUCAACUCCCAAAACAGCGGCGACUCCACUCCCCUGUCGCCAGUGCAACCCGAGCAGGGCCUCUUUGGCUGGAUUUGGAUCACGUUUAAGCUGAGGAAGGAGACAAUCUUGCUGCAUACGGGUCCCGAUGCAGUGCACUACUUGUCUUUCCAGCAGCAUUUGAUGGCCGUCAUGGCUAUCGUGACCCUCAUCUCUCUGGCCAUAAAAUUGCCCGUCAAUUUUCUGAACGGACCCAAGGAUACGCCGUACGAUGUGAAUGCCUUUGGCCGGACAACUAUGGCCAACCUGUCGCCGGAGUCUCCUUGGCUCUGGGUGCACACAAUCAUUACCAUCCUGUACAUUCCGCUGGUGGUUCUCAUCAUGCGGCGUGCGUCGGGGCGCAAUGCGUUCAAAAAGGCCGCAACGAGGACAAUCUUGAUAUCGAACAUCUCGUCCAGCGAUCGCAACAAGACAGUUGUGCGGAACUACAUGCAGGAGCUGUUUCCGAUUACAACAUCAGCAACAAUCCAUUACAAGCAAAAGCACUUCCCGCAACACACACAUGAGCUGUUUCGACUCGCUCACUCCGCCGGGGCGCUACUUACUGAGGAAAACAGUGGAAACAGCGAGUGCAUGGAACCAAAAUUUCACAUUCUAAUAGAUAAGUCCGUUCACUAAGAAAUUACAAGAAUCUCCGUUUCAUUUGAAGCACA